AAUUGUUUCUCUUUUGGAUGUCGGCAUGACAUUACCUUUUUAUUUCUCUUUUGCAUGGUGGCAUGACAUUACCUUUUUAUUUCUCCUUUGCAUGGUGGCAUGACAUUACCUUUUUAUUUCUCUUUUGCAUGGUGGCAUGACAUUACCUUUUUAUUUCUCUUUUGCAUGGUGGCAUGGCCUUUUUAUUGUAAACAUUAGCAACUGAGUACAUCACUUUUUGGAGAGGACGUGCAUUUAUCGCCAGGAAAUAAUUAUUUAAUCAGCACCAUCUAGUGGUAAAUAGAAAGUACGGCAUCCGUAGUCUGUCGCUUUGCAUUGACGUAGAACACAUGCGUUUUCCAGCAUGGCGACAUCCAUAGUGUAAAGCAACGGGCAAGGACCGAAAGCGUAAGUUAAUGACAUUUCAAAAAAAUAGGUGAUCUAUUUACAACGUCUUCUAUACGCUAUCUGCCAUUACCUCCUGAAAUGUAAACGCGCUGUCAAUUUUGUUCAUGAUUCUUGAUAUAAAUGUAUAGUAUACUGUAUAUUUAUAAUUACUCUCGUCUCUGCCUUCUCUCAUUUGUGAAGGACCGGACUUUUCAAAUGUGGGUUAUUAUUCUCCAUCAAAGUUCGUUGUGAAAUCGAAUCACUGUCAGCAUCAUAUGUCACUUGUCAAGUGUCACUUAGUGAUUUGAAAAAGCAUUGAACACUGAAUGCAACAUGCUGGUGUCAUGAAAACACUGUCUACAUGGUACCAAUUCAGCACACACAGUUUUACUCCACUUCGCACUGAUGUCUGUUGGAUUUCAGUUAGGUGGGUCUCUUUUCACACAAAGACUGGUGCGGAUAUGUGUCACCUGCAUUGGCCAGCAGGGAUACAGGCAGCUCCUUCCCAAAAGUCGACUCCCUACAUGUGCACUGUACACAAGGAGCUUUGGGACUGAUCCUAAGGGGGAGAAAGGGGAAAAUGAGAACGGGAGCAAAACAACAGACAACCUUGACCCCUCACCCCAGACUCUAACCCCUAUGCACACCCAGGGAAGAGGUUUGUUUGGUAAAAGGCGACCACUCUCACCCUUGGAGAGGAUUAGCCGCCUUUUGCCUCAGGACUCACUAGCCCCAGAAUUGUUGGCGCUGAGAGAGGAGGAGAACCCGGAAGUGGAACAGGGGGAACCUGAUGGGGUUGGGGUUCAAAAAGACCACAACACUUCAGCAGCCUCGGUGACUGAGACUAAGACCCACAGCUCACAAGGAGAAGUAGAAAGUGCAGAACCACAGGUGCACAUAGGACAUGACACAGUUAGACCGAGAGAAGAAAAAGAGGAGGGUACUGUCAUUGAUAACACAGUACUAGAGCCAAAUGGUUGCCCGAUUCUCAGCGAGGUAACAAAUUAUUCACUAGAGGAGGGAUACGUGACUCCUAUGACUCCCACCCUUCUUCCCGGGGAGCAUUUACUUACUUUUGGGGAACUGCUGUUGGCGGAGUACCGGAAGAAGGGCCGCGUGGAGUUUAGGAAGAUGUUUCAGCUGCAGGAUGGGCAACGUCUCCAGAGCAGUUGGGGCACCAUCGGACACAGUGACAUCGUCGGCCGCCACGCAGGAGACUUCAUUCGGACCAUCCACGGGACACCCAUCCUUAUACGGCGGCCCAACCUGGAGGAAUACGUGCUUUAUAUGAAGAGGGGGCCGGCAAUCGCCUAUCCAAAGGAUGCCAGUAUGAUGCUGAUGAUGAUGGACGUCACAGAGGGAGACUGUGUGUUGGAGUCAGGCUCCGGGUCAGGGGCCAUGUCGCUUUUCCUGUCCCGAGCUGUGGGCUCCAAGGGCAGUGUUAUGAGUGUGGAAAUCAGGGAGGACCACCACAGACGAGCCGUGCUCAACUACAACCGCUGGUGUUCCUCCUGGAUCCUGCGGCGAGGAGAGGAAUGGCCCGACAACGUCCAGUUUCAUAACUCUGACCUGCAGGGUGCAUCCUUGCUCCUCGCCGGGCGAGGGUUUCACUCUAUUGCUCUGGAUAUGAUAAACCCUCAAUUGGUUUUGCCCACUGUGACUCCACAUCUCCAUCCUGGAGCAGUUUGUGCUGUCUACCUAGCCAAUAUAACGCAGGUCAUUGAUCUACUGGAGGGCCUCCGAUGCUCUGCCCUCCCCCUGCUGUGUGAACGCAUCAUCGAAGUGCAGCUCAGGGAUUGGCUGUUGGCUCCGGCAAUCCAGAAAGAUGGGCGGUUCUGCCGCAGGAAAGCUCCUCCCUCAGCGAGAAAUCAGGAGGAAGGGGAGAAUAACAAGUCGGAUGAAGAAAAAGAAUACACAAGCAGUCCGGAACCCGCACCAUAUGGGAGUGUCCCUUACAUUGCUCGACCUCACCCGGAGCAAGCUAGCCACACAGCAUUCCUGGUGAAACUGAGGAAGAGUCAGGAGUAGCUCGCCUCCGAAGACCCAUCAGAGGAGCGAUAGGGUGUAUUAUAGUCAUAAAUAAAAUGUGAUUUGGCACUGCAGAGGAAAAUGUAUAAUCAGUCUAGAAAUUGAAAUUCAUACUGCUUGACAACACACCAAAUAUAAAGACUUAAUAAAACACCAAACUAAGGG